CUACAGCGCCCAAAGUCUGACGAUAUGUGUCACGCUAGUAGGUCACGCAUCAUCUACAACUUGUGACUGUCUGGACGGUCGUGUAGGUAUUGGAGGUAUGUAACGUGAUGGAUGGUAGCCGAACCCGACCUAACAGCCCUAGCGUGACAAGCUCGUCCUCAAUAUCGUCGACGCUGUGGCCAAUGACAGCAGUGUACGUCGUACACGGUGUUGCCGCGGCCCCCUCAAUCUGAUCACUGUAUUGACUAGCUGUGUCGCCACUUUCAGGCCGAUCUGUUCUAUGAGGAAGUGCACGCGACACUGAUGAUGCCCAGGCCAUGACCAAUGCCAGCGCUUUGUUAGACACGCAGAGUGAUCUCCCCCUGGUGAUACCAUGGGUGGAAAGGGCCAUAGAGGGCGGUAUUCUGAUCUUAAUUCUAAUAGUGGCCUUGUUUGGCAAUAUUUCCCUUUGGAUUGUAAUCCUGAGAUCACGUGACCUUCGGAAUGAAUCGAACUAUCUGGUGUUGUGUUUGUCCUUCGCGGACAUAUUGGUUUCUGGCGUUAAUAUGCCAGUGACGAUAUUCACAAUUUUCAACGGAGAUUGGUACUUCUCGGCGCUGACGUGUACCGUGACCGGCUUCACCAACAUGAUCACCUUCGUCGGUAGCGUCAUGUCCCUCGGAAUCAUCAGUUUCAACCGCUACAUCAAGAUAUGUCAGUCACAUCGGUACAGGACAGUCUACACACCGAGGAAUAUAGUCUUCAUGGUCGGAGGUGUGUGGUGUUUUUCGGGUCUACUUGCUCUACCUCCGCUGAUUGGCUGGGGAACAUAUAAUUACAUACCGACGCAGUCUUUCUGCUUCUGUGAUUGGCCGACGUCAGUUUCAUUUACGUUCUUCAUGGUUGGAGUAUGUUUCGGGGGACCCUGUUCUGUGAUGACAUUCUGCUACAUCAAGAUCUUAAGAAUCUUCCGAGCAAGCAAGUCUCGUAUCAGCUCAUCCUCGCAACCGCCUUCAGCGCCCAGCUCAAAACCACCAUCAAUAAAAAAGCCCAAGAAAGACAAAACGUCUAAUCUUCUUGACAAGCCUUCUGUUCAAAAUACUAUAUUCCUAACAGUGCCGGAAGACGAAAGUUCGAAGGUUAGAACCAAAAUAGCAACAAUGCGUUCCCAGAAGGCAGCGCGCAGGCGCCAAGAGGAGUUCCGGUUAGCCAUGUCCCUGCUCGUUGUCAUAUUCGUUUUCGUGGCCUGUUGGCUGCCAUUUUGUGUAACGAUGUUUCUGUCUGUGUUCCUACCAAGCAGCGUUAAACGAGGGUCGGACAUGUUCACCAUUCUCCUCGGGUACGCCAACAGCGGAUGCAAUCCCAUCAUCUAUGGCUUUAUGAACAACAGAUUCAAGAUGGCCUACAAGAAGUUGUUCUACGAUGCUAUCUCCCCUUGUAAGAACGUACCGCAGAACCGGAAGGAACUCGAAUCAAGCCCGUAUCCGUCCGGAUCUGAAAUACCGGACACAAAUUCAUCACAUGCAUAGUUUGUGAUCAUCAUCAAAACUUCACUACGUCGUCUACAUCCCUCCAGCACCCGUGAAUACACACGGCUGCUGUGUCUGGCCGUGGUAACAGACAUUCUCAGCUGACCAAUCGUUCUAUGGGAUACCUAGGGAGUCCUGCAAGGUCGGAAUCUAUAUUAGUUAAUAGAAUACGCCGACAUUCUGAAACCAUGAAUUUGUCCUCGGAUUUUACAAUGACACCAGAGAUGGUAGACUUUGCUUACAGAAUUCUUAUCCGAGAUUAAACAUGGCCACUACGGCCGCCAUGUUGAAAAUAUCACUUUGGCCAUUUCUGGGAGUAUCAUUAUGAAACCUCCUCUGUUAGGCAUGCAGUCUUCAUUGAAACUGUAUACUGAUAUCUACAAUCUAGAUUCAUAGAUAAUUAUUUUUAUCAUCUAAUGUUUAAAGUUUUACAUUUUUAAAAACCCGUGAAGAUCCGGGGUAGAAUUGGUCUCCAGCAACACAUGCUUGCAUCAAAGGGCGACUUAGAGACUAACGGGA